GGAAAACAGAGGAUUGAUACUGCAGGAUACAUGGAGAAAGGAUGCUAAGAGAUGUCUGGAAGGCAGCAAAUGAUGGCAGCAAGAUGAUGCAUUGGAUAUAGACAACCUGAUGAAUGAUAUGAAUAAUACACUGAAGGACUUGUACACUUCUGGGAGCCUGGGAGAAAAAGCAGCUAUUUUUCGAAGCUGCAGGAAUAAUGCUAGCGGGUUUCUCAGUGCACCGUUGAUACCUCUGCGUGCACCCCUAUUACCACCAAAACUACAAGAAAGGGCAGCUCUUUUCAAGAGAAAUAGGAAACAUGAAGAGGGUGAGGAAAUGCUGGAAGCCUCAAUUCCAAAUCCUUUUCCAGACCUCUUCACCUCUGCAGUUUCAUCAAUAGUCUCAGAAUGCUUAUUACCUUGGACCAAAAAAAGUAAAACUCAGGUAAUCAAAGUGUACAAUGAAGAUGACACAAGUCGAGCACUAGAAGUACCCAGCGAUAUUACAGCACGGGAUGUCUGCCAGCUGUUCAUACUAAAGAACCAUUGCAUCGAUGACCAUAACUGGACACUUUUUGAACAUCGGGCCCUCAUAGGCAUUGAAAGAACCAUAGAAGACCAUGAGUCUGUUAUUGGAGUGCAAGCAAGCUGGGGAAUGGAAACAGACGACCGUUUAUAUUUUAGGAAAAAUUAUGCCAAAUAUGAAUUCUUUAAAAAGCCACUGGAUUUUUUUCCAGAGCAUAUGGUGUCUAUAUCAAGCGAAACCAAUGGAAUUCUGAACCAUUCACAGCUUGUACAGACAUUUCUAAAUGCCAGCUCUUGUCCUGAAAUCCAUGGCUUUCUACAUGCUAAAGAGCAGGGAAAGAAGACUUGGAAAAAGAUCUACUUUGUCUUGAGAAGAUCUGGGCUUUAUUUGUCUAAUAAGGGAACUUCAAAGGAACCCAGGCAUCUUCAAUUUGUUGCUGAAUUCAGUGACAGUGAUGUUUAUACAUUACUGGCAGGCAGAAAGAAGUACGGGGCACCAACAGACUACGGAUUCUGUAUUAAGCAUAACAAAUCGGGAGGAGCCAGGGGCCUGAGACUGCUCUGUGCGGACGAGGAGCGGAGUAGGACCUGCUGGGUGACCGCCAUUCGGCUUCUCAAGUAUGGGAUGCAGCUGUACCAAAAUUACAUUCAACCUCAUCAGAAGCAGAAAGUAUCACCAGUGAGGAGCAUUUCAGAAAACUCACUAGUGGCAAUGGACUUCUCAGGGCGCAAGACCAGGGUGAUAGAAAACCCUACAGAAGCUCUUUCUGUUGCUGUUGAGGAAGGACUUUCCUGGCGGAGGAAAAGCUGUCUACGACUCAAUCCACAUGGAGGUCCCUCUACUCAGAGUCCUACAUCAAAUUUAGUUAUUCACAGAACUCACCCCUGGUUUCAUCAUAAAAUCUCUAGAGAUGAAGCUCACAAAUUAAUUGCACAGCAAGGUCUUAUUGAUGGGGUGUUUCUUUUAAGGGACAGCCAAAGUAAUCCUAAAACGUUUGUUCUGUCAUUAUGUCAUGCCCAGAAAAUAAAGCACUUUCAGAUUGUACCUUUGGAGGAAGAUGGAGAGCUGUUCUUCACCCUGGAUGACGGUCACACAAGAUUUACUGAUCUUAUCCAGCUUGUGGAGUUUUACCAGCUGAAUAAGGGAGUGUUGCCCUGCAAGCUAAAACAUCACUGUGCUCGAAUUGCUCUUUAAUCAGGACGUGACAUUUCUGAAAAGAACCACAGAAGACUAAAGGCAGUGAAAAAACAACUGCAUUGAAGGUGGUUUUUAAAAUAAUUGCGAGUUCUGCACAAAAAAAUAUAAUCAAAACCUCUGUUUAUCCAGAUGAGUCGAUUUUGAGAACAAAUUCUCAUUUGCAACGUGCCUUGGACUAAGAAAAUAUUCAUUGUAUUGCAGCCAAAUUAGCAAGAAGCUGCUGAUUUCAUAUUCAUGGAAACAGUGAUUUAUUUCUAAUCUUCAUUAUAUGAGCAUUUAAGCAAAAGUACAGUAACUAUGGCAUUAUAAAAAGCUGUUUUGGGAAAAAGUGUGCUCUCUUGUCAUUAAGAUAUUUUGUAAAGCUUGUGUCUUAUUUUUUGGUGGCACGAUAGGCAGGCUCUGUAUUACUGAUAAUGGUUAAAUGUCAUUACAAAACCCAUAUCAUAAACUUCUGUAUUGGUAUUUUUAGUAAAGUUGUCUCCCCAUCAAGUAAAAUGGGGCAUACUUUUAGAUUAAUGUUUUUUUUUUUUUUUUUUUGCUGUUUUUUUUCAAUGAAUUACCCCACAUUUUAUGUGUCUAUUUUCUACUCCAUAGUAAAUAUAUUGCCUUCAGUGGGAAUUCAGGCCCAUAAUAUCUAUUGCUCUGAAAAAAACAAACAAAAAAAAAAAAACAAUCAAACAAAAAAUUGCACAAUCUCAAAAUCUAGUAAAAGUAGUUUGUUUUAAAUGCCCUUGCAUUUCUUUUUAAAGAGCAGCAUGGUUUAUAUCUUUUUUAUUGAAAGUACCGUAACAUGCUAAGAGAGAAUAGUUCGUUGAAAUGAGUAAUGAAUGUCAAUGACUGCAAUGUUUUUUUGUAUUAAUCAAAGUCAAUUUGCACUGUAUGUUUUCAGUUUGAUUUUUGUUCUUAAAUCUAUUCAGGAUUGAGGCGGUUACACAACUUUAUAACAUAUUCUACAUUCAAAGAUUACUCUAUAAUCAUUGUAGAUGACAUGUUUGAUUUGUUAAUUGCACUGUAGUUGGAACACUGGUACCAUUUAUUACUAAUUAUUCACAUUGACUCUCUGGACUGUCACAAUAUGCCAAGUAGUUAAAUGCUGUUUCGUUCUUUAAAUGUAUGGUCAUGUACCCAAUUGCUUACAUUUUCUAUAAAUGGACCUAAGUGACCUAAAGUGUAUUUAUAUGACAACCUAGUAUAAUAAAUGUUUAUAUAAUUUAA